AUGAGGAUGACUAUCUGGACGAGGAGUACGGUAGAAGUCUUGACACCAGUUGAACUCGACAGUUCAGAACAAACUACCACGAAACUCCCUUCUAGAGAAAAAUCGCAAUUCAAUGGAAUCAUUUCUCAAUCAGUUCUUCUUGGGUACUCAAAUGCAGACAAAUUGACGAUAUUUUCUGCUUAUUCUGGAUCCAAUGGAAUUACAGUAAUCCUUUCUUCUUAUGGAUACUUGAACCGUCGUGUCUACUGUCGCUUAUUCGAUAGAAAUAAGAAAGAAAUCUAUCAAAAAGCCGUAUCAGUAUUCCCCGAAUUCACAAUAAAGUGCUCUGAAAGUUCUUCUCUUCAACCUGAGUUCGUUGCUGUUACAAUAAACAAAAAGGAUGUUCCUGAGAAUAUAAAAAAGAUUUCUAUAGAAACAACAAGUCAAAACAAGAGAGAGUUUACGGUCUGUCUAGCUCCACUGUUCGGAGAAUCUCCAAAGAUUCUGAUGUUGAUUGAGUUCAUCGAAUAUUAUAAACUUCAGGGUGCAGACUCUUUUCUGAUAUACUCAUACAAUAUCUCUGGGGAGACAGAGAAACUUCUGAAGUUCUACAAGAACUCAUUGACAAAUCUCGACGUCAUCCGAAUUGGGAACGAAACUAAAUGCCUGAAUCGUCAUAGAUGUCGUCAUGAAAUGCAGUUACAAGAUUGCAUAUUUCGAAGCCAAAACCGUGCGAAAUGGGUGGCUACUGUAGAUUUGGAUGAGAGAAUCAUGUCAAUUAAAGAUGACUUAACGUUGGUAGACUUCAUAAGAACCUUCGACGAUCCGAAGAUCUCGGAGCUUCGUUUCCGAUGUCAAUGGACUCUCCGUUAUUCUGAAAUCCCUCAAGGACCCCCUCAAAUUGACAAUCUUCCAAUGAUCAUCUGGCAUAAUACAAGCCACGUCGCCCCACAAAAUCAUACGACGAAAUCAAUUGUUCGACCCGAAAAUGUCGAUUCAAUGGGUGUUCAUGGUGUACAAAAGUUUCGAAAUUCGAAACUUAUUGUGAAAUUAAUAGAUCCGGAUGUGGCAGUUGUCAGGCAUUAUCGAUUUGUCAAAGGAUGGAGUUUCUUCCUAAAAGAGGCUGAAUCAUUUGGGAAAUUCUUUGAAUUUAAUUUAUCUCCUGGUCUGUCUAGUCUCAUUGUUGAACGAGUUAUGUCAUUUCAACUGAGUGUGGCUGUCAACGACGCACCAUUCCAAAAGAAGAAUGUUACACCAAAUACAACGAUCGGCGAGCUUAAUAAUGACGCUAUAUUAGUCUGGAAGGAUACUGCGAUCGUCUACGAUGUGACUUCCGAAACAAAUGAAUUUGGCCCAGCUACGACCAUGCAGCAACUUGGUGUAACAUCUCUCUCGGUGCUUUACAUUUACACAACUGCUUUCCCUUGCCCUUCUGGAGAUCUCCGGUCGAUCGUCCCCGCUCAGAUCCGUUUGAUUAGCCAAUUCGCUUCAGCUGCGUCCAGUCUCUUCAAUCAAAAAGGAACUACCGCUGCUGCUCCGGCACCUCAGCGAGCUCAGAGGCCCGAAGCUACUGCGGGCAGCGCCGAGGAUGAGGAUGAAGGAAUGAAAUCAAUCUUUUCUCGGAAAAUUUUAGACAGUCCGGCACUACUCAAGGGUAUCACGGAAACCAUGUUCUUCCAACUGAAGAAUGACCCACAAGGGUUGGCGCGCCGGCUUCCGGAGCUCGUAGAAAGGUUUUUCGAGAACAAAGACCAAACUUACAAAGAAUUCGAGGCGUUCUUCCGCUUAUUCAUUGAAGAAGAAGUUCACAAAGAAGAAAUUAUCAAGAACAACCCAAAUUCUGCCGAAGCGAAAAUGUUUUUAGAAGCAAAACGGAAUAAAGAACUAAUUAAUGAGCAAUACUUACAUAGUAUGACUCAUCACCCCGAAGAUCAGGUCCCUGUCACUAUGCUCUACAUCAACUUGACCAUAAACGGUGUACCAGUGAAAGCAUUCAUCGACUCAGGAGCUCAAAAGUCGAUAAUGUCUAUGGCAUGUGCUGAACGUUGCAAUCUCAAUGGUUUGAUUGAUCGCCGUUUCCAAUCGAUGGCCCGAGGAGUUGGAGGAACCGAAAAAAUUGAAGGAAAGAUUCAUUUAUGUGAUGUAAGAGUGGAGGACGCUCACUUCUCAUGUCCUUUCGAAGUGAUGAAUCGUCGUGAAAUGGAUUUACUUAUUGGACUCAAUGUUCUCCGCAAGCACGCAUGCUGCAUUAAUCUAAAAACUCAAAGAUUGGAAUUCGGAAAUGGUACUUCGACACCAUUUCUCCAAUCAUUCGAAAUUGACACACAUCUCAAGGAAAUCAUGGCACUUCCAGAAGAAGAGAUGCACGUUGAUGAGGAAGGAACUUCUUCAUAA